AUGUCGACAACAAAACGCAAGGCGCCGGUUAAGCUGGCUGCCCCUGUGUCUCGAACCAGCGCUCGAAUCCCCAACAAGUCUGUCAUUGACGAGUCAAAGGCCACCAUCGCCGGCCCCGAUGCCUACGGAUCCUCCCAGGUCGAAGCCAUUGAGCUCUCGUCCGAUGCCGACAGCGACGAAGAUAUCUCCGACGCUGAGAGCCUCACUGAGGAGCAGGGGCAACAGAAGACCGCUGAGGAAACUUCCAACACAAAGCUCGUGAAGCAAAAGUCCAAUGACGAGGACGAGGAGGAGGACGCCGAGGGCACAUCGCCUUCAUUCGGAGAGCUUCUCCGCGCCGAGAACGAUAUCAUUGAAGUACCCUCAGCCCUUAACGGCGCAAUGGUUUCCCACCCUACGCGAAACGCUAUUGCUCCUCCUAGUCACCAGUCUCUUUCCACCGUCCUUACUCAGGCCCUUCGUACCGACGACACAGACCUUCUCGAGUCGUGUCUGCACACCACCGAUCUCGCUACCGUCCACAACACUAUUGAGCGCCUCGACAGCGCUCUCGCCGGUACUCUCCUCACCAAGCUCGCAGCCCGUCUGUACCGUCGCCCUGGUCGCGCCGGUGCUCUUGUCGCUUGGGUCAACUGGACACUGAUCGCCCACGGUGGUGCUCUCGCAUCGCAGCCCAAGGUUCUCCAGAGCCUCAGCGGUCUGCAAAAGGUUCUCGCUGAGCGCGCAAAGGGUCUGUCAAGCCUUCUCGCCCUGAAGGGUAAGCUCGAAAUGCUCGAGUGUCAGAUGAAGCUCCGACGUAGAAUCUACAGCGGCGGUCUCAACAACAGCGGCGACUCGGACUCUGACGAUGAGGAUGUUAUCUGGGUUGAGGGUGAAGACGAGGCUGCGCGCGCACCUGGCCGAAGGCGCGCCCUGGAGGGUGAUUUCGACGACUCAGACGAUGACGUUCCCAUCACCAACGGCUUUGUCGGCGAUUCUGACGACGAGGAGGAAUCAGCCGGUGAGGAGGCUGACAGCGAUGCUGAGGAGUCUCUCGAUGAGGAUGAGGUCGACCACGACGAUGUAGACGAGUCUAUGGGCGAGGAUGACGAGAGCGAUGUCGAAGCCGCACCACCGUCCAAAUUGCAAAAGACUGCCUCCAACUUUGGCAAGAGGAGAUGA